UGUACUCUAUAGGCUUUUCCAAUGGCUAGAGUUUACCCUCAAACAUCAACUUCUUCUUCUUUUUCUUCAACAAAUUCAUACAUGACUAUGAGAAAAGAAACAUUCACUUUAUGGAUGAAAUCUUUGGUCUACCAUGGAAAUGGCUGCACUGUUUUCGACUCAAAAGGCCAUAUUAUUUAUAGGAUUGACAAUUACAACAGAAAAUGUAGCAAAGAAGUCUAUCUCAUGGAUUUACAAGGCAAAGUUCUCUUCUCCAUACGACAAAAGAAACUUCAAGUUUUUGGACAUUGGAAUGGCUAUAAAUGGAGCAAUGAUAAUUUGAUUGAGAUACCUUGGUUCCAAGUAAAGAGAAAUGGUUAUUUCCUAUGGGGAGAUUACUUAAACUAUGAUGUUACUUUAUUAGGAUUUGAUGAAGCUGAAACAAACUGCUAUAAGAUUGUAGGUUUACAAGGCAAAUCAGAAUUCAAGAUUGUCAGCAGAGAAAACAAACUUAUUGCCGAGGUAAAACAAAAACAAUCAUCUUGUGGAGUUCAAUUUGGAGAUGAUGUGUUAAGUUUGGUGGUAGAACCUAAUGUUGAUCAUUCAUUAGUAAUGGCUCUUGUGACUGUUUAUGGCUUGAUACAACAAAGACUAUGAGUGUUCCUUUUUAUUUUCAUUUUCAGUUUUUUAUUUUUAUACGAAAAUUGCCACGCAACGGGAUUUUAAAUUAGUCGAGUUAGUGAGUUUCAGAUAUCGACAGAAAUAAGAUAGAAAUUUUUUGGCAAGUUUUCAUAGGCUAGAAGAGCACUUUGUACCUCAAAAUGUUUUGUUUCAGAGUGAUAGUUGAGAUAGUUUAAAGUGUACAAAUAUACCCAAAAACAUAGAUAGUUUAAAGUGCACAAAUGUAUUAUCGAGCUAAUGUACAAUCGAGUAAUAUCAUUUCAAG